AUGGAUCUCGCCCGCAUUGUCGCCGCUAAUAUCGACGGCCGCACUCAGAACACGCGGUACCGUCAAACGCAAUUUCAUCGUUUGCAGUCCGUGCUUGUCGAGCAUGUUGCUGAGAUUCAGGAUGCGAUUCGAGCAGACUCGGGACAUACGCAGCAGGAGAUCCGCGCAGAAGUCGUCCUGGCGCUGCAAGAGCUGCGAACACACUAUACAUCUCUGAGCUUGAAGAGGGACUUGGAGGUAGAGAAUCGUAUUGCGAAUGGAAAGGACAAUGCAGACAAUGUGCAGGGUGCUGGUAUUGUGUAUAUUGUGCCAUCCACACAUACUCUGUUCUUCUCCGUUAUCUCUGCAUUAACAGCAGCUUUGGCGGCGGGCAAUUGCAUUGUUUUGGAGCUUCCCCAAACGACAAUGUCCUUGCCUGCUCUCCUGCGUCAGAUCCUUCCCGAAGCCCUGGAUCACGACACAUUCACCAUCACGAGUCAACGACCCGACAGUUCAUUCCUCAGCAAGACUCUGAUGGUGGUGCAGACGGGCGCAGAUGAUUCCAAUGGCCUGAUCUCCCCAGCAACUUCAAGAAGUAUCGCGAUCGUUGAUCGCACUGGCAAUACUGCUGAAGCUGCCCAAUCUCUGGUUGCGGCUCGUUUCGCGCUCGGUGGACGGUCACCUUACUGUCCGGAUGUUGUGCUGGUGAAUGAGUUUACGAUGAAGCCAUUUGUCGAGGCUGUCAUUCAGCAUGCUUCCAAAUACCUCGCUGGAGAGAACGGUGAAGCUAGACAGGUUACCUCGACGCCGCGACGAACGGGCGUGCUCGACUCUAUUCACAAAGACAGGACUGCCCGAGUCUUGGUAUCGGGUAGCAACUGGGGUGUGGUCGAGGUGCAGGAUCGCAACUCUCCUCUGCUGAAGACGAAGAUUGAAGAGAAAGUGUUGCUGGUGCACCCCGUCACUAGCUUGGAUGAUGCUAUCGACAUCAACUUCAAUGAAAAUCUCGCGGCUGUUUAUGCAUUUGCCGCACCUGCUUCAGCCAAGUACCUUACCCAGUUCAUAGACGCUGAUAUCUCCUGGGUGAACCAUGUUCCCAGUCACAUGCUGAUUGGCCCUGCCCUCCCCCGAAACACGCCUUACAGUCCACACACCCGCUAUGCAGCAUCGCAAUUCCAGAAGCCCCAACCCCAACUCAUUAAACCCUGUGCCACUGCUUACGCCACGCAAACUAUUCUUGAUAGCAAGAACAGCGUCCGGUCUGAUGCACUAUGGCGCGAGGCAUUGGCACCUCUGCCUUCGACUAAGCAGCGACCUGGGUUCAAGAUUGGCUUCUUCGAGCAAGGAAUUAUCACAGGGGUUAGUCUUACGUUGAUAUCGCUUGUGGCAACUGUGUCGACGCUGGGCUAUUAUACUUGGGCGUAUGUCAGGAUGCGUGGUUAG